UAUUUUGUAAACAAAGCGGAGCUGUAUUUAAAACUGCUAAAUUUAACACAAUGCUCUUAAAGCAGGCUAUUUCAUGUUUAUGUAGAAAUAAUUUGUAUAAAAAUCCACUUCUUAAAAAUUAUAGUCUUAUAGCAACAGUUCUAAAAUCGCAGCUAGGUGAAACUGCUGAAGUAAAGGGCUGGGUAAAAAAUUUAAGAGUCCAGAAAGAGCACAUAUUUGCUGAUGUAUAUGACGGUUCUAGUGCUGAAAAAUUACAAAUUAUUAUACCAAAAGCUUUAAAAACUGAUACUUUGACAUAUGGUUCUUCAGUAAAUAUAACAGGUAAAAUAACAAAAAGUCCCAGAGGACAGCUGGAGCUCACAGCAGAAGAUGUCAAAGUAAUUGGUCAAUGCAUUGUUAUGGAUGGAUAUCCCUUUAAUCCACGAACUGCCCAUCCUCCAGAAUAUGUCAGGCAGUUCCUCCAUUUGAGAUCAAGAACUAAUUAUAUAUCAGCAAUGCUAAGAGUUCGUCAUUCCAUAACCAAACAUAUACAUGAUUACUUCUAUGAAAGAAAUUAUACUCACAUUCAUACUCCUAUCUUAACAUCAAACGACUGCGAGGGUGCUGGAGAAGUAUUCAAAGUUGAGCCAGAUAAUGAAGAAACUAUCAAAGCAAUGAUGCAAGAAGGUAAAAACAGAGAAACUGUUUAUUUUGGCAAAAAAACAUAUUUAACAGUUUCUGGACAGUUGCAUUUAGAAGCAAUUUGUAGAGGAAUGGGUAAUGUUUAUACAUUAGGUCCAACAUUUAGGGCAGAGAAUUCUAGAUCUAGGCUACAUUUAUCUGAGUUUUACAUGCUAGAAGCAGAAUUAGCAUUUUGUGAUACACUAGAGAAGUUGAAGUUGACAAUUGAAGACUUAUUAAAAUACAUAUUUAUUGAAACAAGAAAUACAAAUGAGGCAGAUUUGUUUUUGUUAGAUAAAAACAAUAAAGCUCCCAAAUGGCUUGAUAAAAAUUUUGUAACAGUUACUUAUGAGGAAGCUAAAAAUUUGUUACAGAAAAAGGGUAAAAAUGCAAGUGAAGACGGUUUGAACAAAGAUGAAGAACUGGCUCUGGUUGAAAUAUGCCAGGGGGUUCCUGUAUUUGUUGUAGAAUGGCCAAAAAAUCUAAAAUCCUUCUACAUGAAAGAGUCCACUUCCAAUAGUAGUAUGGUGGAUGCCUUAGAUUUACUGACCCCGAUAACAGGGGAGAUGGUGGGAGGCAGCCUCCGUGAGGAUGAUUAUAUGAAAUUAAAACAUAAACUUCCUUCAGAUUCCUUAAACUGGUACCUGGAUCUAAGAAAGUUUGGCAAUAUCCCUACUGGAGGUUUCGGUUUAGGCCUUGAAAGACUCAUGCAAGUUGUUUGUAGUGUAUCCAAUAUUAAAGAUACUUUGCCUUUUCCUCGGUGGCCACAUAAUUGUGAUAUGUAAAAUUAAAUUGUUAGCAAAAUGUAACAAAGCUAUAUGUAUUCAUACAUAGAAUCAGGUUUGUAUAAAAAGUGAUUUUAGUAAAAAAUAAAACAAAUUUUAUUUUAUUGAA